GCGAGAGAAAGAGAGAGAGCGAGCGAGAGAGAGAGAGGGAGUUGUGCACCAAGGCCGUCCUGCCACCUCAACAUGGAGUAGACCCUAGACCCUAGCACCGUUUUUCGCGACCAAAAAGGAAAGGAAUACCCGCCACGGCUCCGAGGUUGUGUGUCCACUCUUAAUGCCCGGCCCCGCGGUACGGUAGCAGCGAAGUCUUGCUCGGAUCGCGAAGGAGGGAUCGGCAUUUAUCGGAAAGAUGGCGAACGACUCUCCGGCUAAAAGUCUGGUAGACAUAGACCUGGCUUCAUUGCGGGAUCCAGCUGGGAUAUUUGAAUUGGUGGAGGUGGUUGGGAAUGGCACCUAUGGACAAGUAUACAAGGGACGGCAUGUCAAAACAGGACAGCUGGCGGCCAUCAAGGUCAUGGAUGUCACUGAGGACGAGGAGGAAGAGAUCAAGUUGGAGAUCAACAUGCUGAAGAAGUACUCUCACCACAGGAAUAUCGCCACCUACUAUGGGGCCUUCAUCAAGAAGAGCCCCCCAGGACACGAUGACCAGCUCUGGCUGGUGAUGGAGUUCUGCGGGGCGGGCUCCAUUACCGACCUGGUGAAGAACACCAAGGGGAACCAGUUGAAGGAGGACUGGAUCGCCUACAUCUCCCGGGAGAUCCUCAGAGGCCUCGCCCACCUCCACGCCCACCACGUCAUCCAUCGAGACAUCAAGGGCCAGAACGUCCUGCUGACGGAGAACGCCGAAGUCAAGCUGGUGGACUUCGGCGUGAGCGCCCAGCUGGACCGCACGGUGGGCCGCCGGAACACCUUCAUCGGCACGCCCUACUGGAUGGCGCCCGAGGUCAUCGCCUGCGACGAGAACCCCGACGCCACGUACGACUACAGGAGCGACCUCUGGUCGACCGGCAUCACGGCCUUGGAGAUGGCCGAGGGAGCUCCACCGCUCUGCGACAUGCACCCGAUGCGUGCGCUCUUCCUCAUCCCAAGGAACCCUCCUCCUCGACUGAAAUCUAAAAAAUGGUCCAAGAAGUUCAUCAGCUUCAUCGAGGCGUGCCUGGUGAAGAACUACACCCAGAGGCCGCCCACGGAGCAGCUGCUCAAGCACCCCUACAUCCGGGACCAGCCCAACGAGAGACAGGUCCGCAUCCAGCUCAAGGACCACAUCGACCGCACCAAGAAGAAGCGCGGCGAGAGGGACGAGACGGAGUACGAGUACAGCGGCAGCGAGGAGGAAGAGGAGGAGCCCGCGGAGCAGGACGGGGAACCAAGCUCCAUCGUCAACGUGCCGGGUGAGUCCACGCUGCGCCGGGACUUCAUCCGGCUGCAGCAGGAGAACAAGGAGCGCUCUGAGGCGCUGCGGCGGCAGCAGCUGCUGCAGGAGCAGCAGAUGAGGGAGCAGGAGGAGUACAAGAGGCAGCUGCUGGCCGAGCGGCAGAAGCGCAUCGAGCAGCAGAAGGAGCAGAGGAGGCGGCUGGAGGAGCAACAGCGCCGCGAGCGCGAGGUGCGGCGGCAGCAGGAGCGCGAGCAGCGCCGCCGCGAGCAGGAGGAGAAGCGCCGCGUGGAGGAGACGGACCGUCGCCGCAAGGAGGAGGAGGAGCGCCGGCGGGCCGAGGACGAGAAGAGGAGGAACGACCGGGAGCAGGAGUACAUCCGCCGGCAGUUGGAGGAGGAGCAGAGGCACCUGGAGAUGCUGCAGCAACAGCUGCUCCACGAGCAGGCCAUGCUGUUGGCGGACGAGCGCUACCGCAAGAACAUCCAGGGCUCCCCGCAGACAGCCCCGCCCCCCAAGCAGCCCCCCCUGCCCCCCCGCUCCUCAGAACCCUUCUCCAACGGGGCGGGGCCGGCCGAGGCCUCCGCCAUGCACCGGCCCAUGGAGCCACAGGUCCAGUGGUCCCACCUGGCCGCUCUCAAGAGCAGCACCAGCGCCGCCGCCUCCGCCCCCUCUCCUCCUCCUCCACCUCCCCCCCCCGCCGCCCCCCCCAUCGGGGCCCCCCCGCCUGCGGUCGCGCGCUCGCAGUCGUUCAGCGAGCCUGGCGGCGGCGGCGUUGCCCCGGGCUACGCCCAGCUGCACCUGCGCUCCGCCCAGGACCCCCCCCAACACCACCACCACCACCAUCAUCACCCAUCGCCCGCACGACCCGACCCCCAGCCCCAACCUCCCCAACACCACCACCCCCAGGCCCCCAGCGACGAGGUGCCUCCCAGGGUCCCGGUGAGGACAACGUCCAGGUCCCCUGUGCUGUCCCGUCGCGAGUCGCCCUUGCCGACGCAGCCUAGCAACCAGGUCGCCCAGAGGAACGUCGGCAGCAGCGUGGAGCCCCGUCCGCUGUGGGACCGCGUGGAGAAGCUGCAGCCGCGGCCGGGCAGCGGCAGCUCCUCGGGCUCGUCCAACUCCAGCUCCCAGGCUGGCUCCGGGGACCGCUUCAGGCCUCGCUGUGAGUCCCCCGCCUCUUCCAAAUCCGAAGGGUCGCCCCUCCAACGACCGGACAACGCUGCCAAAAAGACAGAAGACAAGAACCUGGCCAGGCCAAGCCGGCCAGCCGACCUGACGGCCCUGGCCAAGGAGCUGCGUGCCGUGGACGACGUGCGGCCCCCGCACAAGGUCACGGACUACUCCUCCUCCAGCGACGACUCGGGCACCACCGACGAGGAGGAGGACGAGGAGGUGGACCAGGAGGCGGGCGAGGAGUCCACGUCCGGGGCCGAGGACUCCAGGGCUGGGAGGCUGAGCAACGGCGAGACGGAGUCCCUGAAGACCAUGCUGGCCGACGACUCGGAGAGCGACCAGGCCACAACGCCCUCCAAAGACGGCACCCUGGUCAUCAGACAGAGCGCCAGUGAGCUAAAGAGUGCGGCGGCGGCUCUGGUCGCCGCCGCCGGCACUGGCCCGCCGGAGAAAAACGGCUUGCACCACCUCCCGCACCACCUCCUCCUCCUCCACCACCAGCAGCAGCAGCAGCAGCAGCACCUGCCCGACCUUAUCCAGCAGAGCCACCCCUCCCCUUCCUUGGCCGCCUCCUCCUCCGCCUCCUCCACCACCUCAUCCUCCGCCUCCUCCACCCCCAUGCCCUCCUCCUCCUCCACCUCCACCACCUCCUCCUCCUCCUCCUUCCCCCCGGCGUCCAGCCACAACGGCUCCCAGGCCUUGCGGCCGCAGAACCUCCUGGAUCAGCUCAAUGCCGAGGAGACCCAGUCGGCCAGCAGCACCAUGACCAAACACAAGUCUUCGUCCUCCUUCACGCCCUUCAUCGACCCCCGCCUCCUCCAGGUCUCGCCCUCCAGCGGCAGCUCCCUCAACAACAUGGCGAGCUUCGGCCAGGACGUGCGGCUGCCCGAGGCGCUGCGGGCCGACCCGUCCCGUAAGGGCUCGGUGGUGAACGUCAACCCGGUCAACACGCGCCCGCAGAGCGACACGCCCGAGAUCCGCAAGUACAAGAAGAGGUUCAACUCGGAGAUCCUGUGCGCCGCGCUCUGGGGUGUGAACCUGCUGGUGGGCACCGAGAGCGGGCUGAUGCUGUUGGACCGCAGCGGCCAGGGGAAGGUCUACCCGCUCAUCAACCGCCGGCGCAUCCAGCAGAUGGACGUCCUCGAGGGCCUCAACGUACUGGUCACCAUCUCGGGCAAGAAGAACAAGCUGCGUGUCUACUACCUGUCGUGGCUGAGGAACAAGAUUUUGCACAACGACCCCGAGGUGGAGAAGAAGCAGGGCUGGGUUACCGUGGGCGACCUGGAGGGAUGCGUCCACUACAAAGUCGUGAAAUAUGAGAGGAUUAAGUUCUUGGUGCUGGCUUUGAAGAACGCUGUGGAGGUGUACGCCUGGGCGCCCAAACCCUACCACAAAUUCAUGGCCUUCAAGUCUUUCGGUGACCUGGUGCACAAACCUCUGUUGGUGGACCUGACGGUGGAGGAGGGUCAGAGGUUAAAGGUCAUCUACGGCUCGUACUCGGGCUUCCACGCCGUGGACGUCGACUCCGGCGCCGUCUACGACAUCUACCUUCCCACGCACAUCCAGACCAGCAUCCAGUCCCACGCCAUCAUCAUCCUGCCCAACACGGACGGCAUCGAGCUGCUGGUGUGCUACGAGGACGAGGGCGUCUACGUCAACACCUACGGCCGCAUCACUAAGGACGUGGUGCUGCAGUGGGGCGAGAUGCCCACCUCCGUGGCCUACAUUAGGUCCAACCAGAUUAUGGGCUGGGGGGAGAAGGCCAUCGAGAUCCGCUCGGUGGAGACGGGACACCUGGACGGGGUCUUCAUGCACAAGAGGGCCCAGCGGCUCAAGUUCCUCUGUGAGAGGAAUGACAAGGUGUUCUUCGCCUCGGUGCGCUCCGGCGGCGCCAGCCAGGUGUACUUCAUGACCCUGGGACGCACCUCUCUGAUGAGCUGGUAGUCAUGACGACCGCAUCCCCCGAAGAAGAAGAAGAAGAAGAAGAAAAAAAAAACGGGAAAAAAGAGGAAAACCAAACCUGCCGGCCAGGCAGGGGUGGGCGCGACAAAACCACACACUUAAAAAACACAUGCACGAACGUACGCACGCACGCAAAAAUACGAAAAAGCGGCCGACGGACUUUGACGAUACUUCCCGAAGACGACAAACGACCCUGUGCUGAUGUAUAGACUGAACUGUAUUGGACAUUUCUGUUUCGUUAGAGGAGGAGGAGGAGGAGGAGGAGGC